UUCGACAGUAGUAAAGUGAGAUGGCUCAGGAGAAGAUUACCCUGGCCGACGCACUUUCCAACGUGGAAGUGUUGGACGAAUUGCCGCUACCGGAUGAGCAGCCGUGCAUCGAGGCCCAACCGUGUUCGGUGGUUUAUCAGGCCAAUUUUGAUACGAACUUCGAGGAUCGCAAUGGUUUCGUAACCGGAAUCGCCAAGUACAUCGAGGAGGCAACAACGCACGCCAAUUUGAAUCAACUGCUGGACGAAGGUCAGAAGCAUGCCGUUAUGCUGUACACAUGGCGGUGCUGUUCGCGGGCAAUUCCGCAGCCAAAAUCUAACGAGCAGCCCAAUCGUGUUGAAAUCUACGAGAAAACCGUUGAAGUACUUGCUCCGGAGGUGAAUAAACUUUUGAAUUUUAUGUAUUUUCAACGCAAAGCCAUCGAGGCAUUCUCCGGCGAGGUGAAACGUCUCUGCCAUGCCGAAAAACGGAAGGAUUUUGUUUCCGAGGCCUAUCUGCUGACGUUGGGUAAAUUUAUCAACAUGUUUGCCGUGCUGGAUGAGUUGAAAAACAUGAAGUCAAGCGUAAAGAAUGAUUACAGUACGUACCGGCGAGCUGCGCAAUUUUUGAAAGUGAUGAGCGAUUCACAUACGUUGCAAGAAUCGCAGAAUCUGUCCAUGUUUUUGGCCACACAGAACAAGAUUCGGGAUACCGUUAAAGAUACGCUGGAGAAAAUUGCAGGCUACGAGGACCUGCUUUCGGAUGUGGUCAAUAUUUGUGUGCACAUGUAUGAAUCGAAAAUGUAUAUGACGCCGGAGGAGAAGCAUAUGUUGGUUAAAGUGAUGGGAUUUGGUCUGUUUCUGAUGGAUUCGGAAAUUUGCAACAUCAAUAAACUGGAUCAGAAGAAGAAACUACGUCUGGAUAGGAUCGAUCGGAUCUUUAAAAACUUGGAAGUAGUGCCGUUGUUCGGAGAUAUGCAGAUUGCGCCGUUCAACUACAUCAAGCGUAGCAAACACUUCGACCCAAGCAAGUGGCCCCUUUCCAGCUCGCAAGCAAUCAGUCCGCAAGCUGAUUUAAUGGUUCAUUUGCCUACGAUUCGCGAGGAUCAUGUAAAGUAUAUCUCGGAAUUGUCACGCUACAGCAAUGAAGUGACGACCACUUAUAAGGACAAUGCAACUGACGGCGAAAACAAAGCUACCGCAGAUCUUGCGCUGCGAGGCCUGCAGCUGCUUGCCGAGUGGACUUCAGUUGUAACCGAACUGUACUCGUGGAAACUGCUGCACCCAACCGAUCACCAUCAGAACAAGGAGUGCCCGGUGGAAGCGGAGGAGUACGAACGAGCCACUCGAUAUAAUUAUUCGGAUGAUGAGAAAUUCGCUCUAAUCGAGGUGAUCGCUAUGAUAAAGGGACUUCAGGUGCUGAUGGCUCGAAUUGAAACGGUGCUGUGUGAGGCAAUCCGUCGCAGCAUUUACGCGGAAUUACAAGAUUUCGUACAGCUGAUGUUGCGCGAACCUUUGCGGAAGGCAGUUAAAAACAAGAAAGAUCUUAUUCGGUCGAUUAUUACGGCCGUUCGAGAGACUUCGGCCGACUGGCAGAAGGGUACGGAACCGGCGUCCGAUCCAGCCAUUAAAGGCAAGAAGGAUCCGGACGGUGGGUUUCAGAUCAACGUACCACGCUUGAACGUUGGACCGUCAUCUACGCAACUGUAUAUGGUUCGAACAAUGUUGGAAUCAUUGAUUGCCGAUAAAUCCGGUGGUAAACGAACCCUGCGCAAGGAUAUCGAUGGAGCUUGCCUGGUGCAGAUCGAUGCCUUCCAUAAGCUAUCGUUCUACUGGACGUAUCUGCUCAGUUUUAGCGAGACGCUGCAAAAGUGCUGCGAUUUGUCGCAGCUUUGGUAUCGGGAGUUUUACUUGGAGAUGACGAUGGGACGCAAAGUGAAUAAAUGUACCGUCCGUCAUCAGCACAACGAAGAAUGCAACGAUCUAAUCACGAUGGAAAAGCGUAUUCAGUUUCCAAUCGAAAUGUCUAUGCCGUGGAUACUGACCGAUCACAUCCUCCGUACGAAGGAACCAUCGAUGAUGGAAUACGUCCUGUAUCCGUUGGAUUUGUACAAUGAUUCCGCACUGUACGCGUUGACCAUAUUCCGCAAACAGUUUCUGUACGACGAAGUGGAGGCCGAGGUUAAUCUUUGCUUCGAUCAGUUCGUGUACAAGCUGAGCGAGCAGGUGUUCGCUCACUAUAAACAGCUGGCGGGUAGUAUCUAUCUGGAUAAGCGUUUUCGCGUGGAAUGUGAAGUGUUGGGUUUCAACUUUCAGUCGCAUCCGAAAAAUAAUCGUUACGAAACACUGCUGAAGCAAAGACACGUGCAGCUGCUGGGAAGGUCAAUUGAUUUGAACAAGCUUAUCACCCAGCGAAUCAAUGCGGAUAUGCAGAAAAGUUUGGAGCUUGCGAUUUGUCGCUUCGAAGCUAGCGAUAUUACUGGUGUGGUUGAGCUGGAGGCACUUUUGGCGGUGAAUAAACUUUGUCACAAGCUGCUGUCACGGUUUUUGGCUUUGGAUGAUUUCGAUGCUAUGCUGAAGGAAGCCAAUCAUAACGUGUUGGCGCCCUACGGGCGCAUCACGUUGCACGUUUUUGUCGAAUUGAACUAUGAUUUUCUUUCCAACUAUUGCUAUAAUGCUGCAACGAAUCGCUUUGUUCGCAACAAGUUGCAGAUUCCGUUUUCGGGUGCUAUUACACGGGAGAAAGCUCCCGUAAUGUCGCACUACUAUCUGUGGGGUUCGAAACCACUGAAUGCCGCUUUUUCCACUCAAUACGGACAGUACACGGGAUUCGUUGGUUCGCCACAUUUCCACGCCAUCUGCCGGCUGCUAGGGUAUCAAGGGAUAGCCGUUGUGAUGGACAUAAUUCUGAAAGAUAUUGUGAAGCCACUGAUCCAGGGAAAUUUGCUUCAAUUCACCAAAACCUUGAUGUCGGCUAUGCCCAAAUCUUGCAAACUGCCACGUUGCGAUUACGGUUCACCUGGGGUGCUCAGCUACUAUCAGGCCCAUCUGGUGGACAUCGUGCAGUAUCCGGAUGCGAAAACCGAACUUUUUCAGCUGUUCCGCGAGAUGGGCAAUUCGCUGCUGUUCUGCCUGCUGAUCGAGCAAGCUCUCUCGCAGGAGGAAGUGUGCGAUCUGCUGCAUGCGGCACCGUUUCAGAACAUUCUGCCCCGGCCGUACUGCAAGGAGGGCGAGAAACCGGAAACCAAACAGAAGCGGUUGGAGGCCAAGUAUGCUUCGCUGCAAAUUGUUCCAAAUAUUGAGAAGUUGGGAACGGCUAAGCAAACUAUGAUUGCACGGGAGGGAGAUUUGCUGACCCGUGAACGGCUCUGCUGUGGCCUGAGCAUAUUCGAGGUUAUACUCGGACGAGUGAAAUCCUUCUUGGAUGAUCCGGUUUGGGCGGGUCCCCCGCCGGUCAACGGAGUAAUGCACAUCGAUGAGUGUUCGGAAUUCCAUCGGCUUUGGUCCGCGUUGCAGUUUGUGUACUGUAUUCCGGUGGCUGGCACCGAGUACACGGUGGAGGAGCUGUUCGGUGAAGGACUGCAUUGGGCCGGUUGUGCAAUCAUAGUUCUAUUGAACCAGCAGAGAAAGUUUGAAGCACUCGAUUUUUGCUAUCACAUUUUGCGUGUUCAACGUGUCGACGGAAAGGAUGAUACCGUGAAGGGAAUCAACCUCAAACGCAUGGUGGACCGCAUUCGUCGCUUCCAGGUGCUAAAUUCGCAGAUUUUUGCGAUACUGAACAAGUACCUCAAGAGUAACGACGUCGAAGGUUCGAACGUGGAACAUGUGCGCUGCUUCCCGCCGCCGCCACACCCGACGGUUGUCCCGUCGCAUUAUCACGAUCCGAACAAACUGCGAGCGCAGUAAGAUUCUUCUUCCCGUUUUGUGUAACUAUCCUCUCUUCCUUCUUCGGAUUAAACUGUAAGAUCAAAAUCUUUUUUUGCGUACGGUUUCGAGUAAGAUUCACGCAAGUACUAAACUUUUGCUUGUCCACUCAACGAGUGACGAAGACAUUUAUUUUGUUUAUUCUAUUAAGUUGUAAUUUUAAAGAUAUUUAUUUUCCUUAUGAUGAUUAGAUAUUUUGAAUUAUAUAUUGGUCAAAAUUGAUCAAAAAUAUGUUAACUUUCUACUGCGAAGAUAAAGUCAUUUCGAAUGAUAAUACAAAAGAACCUAGAAUAGUGCUCAGAUUACGCUUUUUGAAAGUAUACUGAUUAAAUUUUUUGCAUUACAUUCAAAGCAAGCAGAGAGACGGAAUCGCUAUACUCAGUUUGUUCGGAUUAGAAUCAUCCCGUAAAAAAUGUUUGCCUGUGGACUCUGUACAUGAUAACAAACAAAUGGUGGCAAUCGACGUGUUUGUUGAGUAUGUGUGUAGCAGUACUUUACUUUAUUACGCACGUUUGUUGUUUGUAGUCCAUCUAUAAUACCUCAUAAUGCAAUAUCAAAGUUUAGUCCUGUUACUCAUUCGGCAAUCGGCGAAUAUAGAAAAAUGGAAGGGUCUUUAAGAUUACGCCAAGUGGCGCCACGAAAAUUACGCUCAUCCGAGUCGAUCCCUCGGGGUAACGUAUACCAAAUCGUAAUGGCGAAAGUAAAAGAUCCUGCGACAAUAACGGAGGCGUGUACGAAUAAGCUGAAGGCUUUCUGGGAGGGAUUUUUUCCGACGCACGACCCUGCCAUGUGGCCACCAAGCACCAACACCGUACGGUCCAAACGAAAGGGGCCAGCGCUGACGGUCUGUAAGUCUCUAACGAUGAAAUAGUGGCAGUAGCUAGACGGUUAAAGAUCAAGAAGGCUCCUCCUGGUCCGGAUGGAAUUCUUAACAGGUAGCAAUACAAGCGUCCCCGGAUAUGCUCAAGACUGUGUUGCAGAAAUGCCUAGAAGAUGGUAGCUCCCGGACAGAUGGAAGAUCUAGAAGCUUAUGCUGUUGCCGAGACCAGGAAAGCCUAUGGGGGAUCCAGCGUCUUACAGACCGAUAUGUCUGCUGGAUACAUGCGGAAAACUCCAGGAGAGAAUAAUCCUGACUAGACUUACGAGGCAUACAGAAGGUGAACACGGUUGGUCAAGCAUGCAGUACGAGUUCCGGAAAGGGCAUCACAGUGGCCGAGCGACGUUUUUGUACCGUUGUAACCAGUAACGUUGUAAUCGCCCAGUCGCUGCAUAGAAAGCAUGCCCCGGGAUAUCUAAGCAGAAUUCUGAGUUACUUCAAGAAUCGGACGCUUUUUUACAAGAUCGCAAAGGGACGUAAGACAAUGAACAUUAAUUAGGUCGAAAGUUCCACAAAGCUCCAUCCUUGGCCCUACGCUUUGGAACGGCAUAUUGCAGAAUUUUCAAAAAUACGUAGAUUAAGCACUAAAAUAUGUAUCGACUGAUGAUAGCAUUUCCAGAAAAGCCUGAAACGUUGGUCAUAGCUUGGCAAUUGGAAUGGGCCAUUCCACGGAGGCCUCUGAAGAGCAAAAUGAGUCUCCGUAGCGCUGGCUCGAGUCUCUCUAAACUGGAGCGCAGUACUCGAGAUUUGAGCAGACUAGUAAUAAAAAGCCGUGCGACAAUAGAUGUUGUAGAAAUUCUUGGCGAUGCGCAUGGUAAGUCUAAGGUUCAGACAUGUAAGCAGCAGGUUGACAUCGUUGAAGUAGAUGAGGAAGACUAAAGAUCCGAAAUGGCUGUCUUGUGGGAUCCCAAAAUAAGCAGUGAAAGAUCUCGAGAUAAAACUUUCGAUGUAGAAUCGUAAAUGGCGAUUGAAUAGUGUGAAUUAAGUAUCACUGGCCUCCAAUUGCAUCCUAUUUGGCGAUUGCAAUUUGAUUGUUCAAAUUAUCAAAAGCAGUGUAAAGCAAAUAUCACCCGCCUGUAAUCGGUCGUCAAUCGUCGUCGUUGGUCGACCUUUUAUCACGUAAGAAUCUUAAAGUUAAGAGAUUGAUUGUCGUGGAGCGUUUAGGCAAUCGAAGAAAGAAAAUAUAGGCGCAUACACGACGAGUUCGGUGACACAGGGGCUCGGUACAGGUCUUACAAACCAUCCGUACAAAAUAUCAGUACAGAAAGCACAUAAUGUCCAUAUGGACCGGGACAAUCGGCAUAGACCAAUGCAACGAAAAAGGGCUAACGAUUGGACGCUUGGAACAUGGAACUUCAAGUGUUUCAAUUUUCUGGAAAGUACCUGCAUGCUUUCCGACUCAUUGAGGGCCCACAGGUUCGAAAUUGUGAGAGAGAGCGCGGCGACUAGUAGGACUUUGGAUGUAUCCCUCCGUGUGGAAAGAGUAUCCAGGUGGGUCAGCAGACAUCGCUUUUCGUAGCUCGGUUAGUGGUAAGGAUUUCGCAAGGGCAACCGACGAACAGUAAAACGCAAGAAGUGGCGUUGGAUGGAUUCGCUUCGUUCAGAACUGUUGUGGUAGUUCGGGUUCCAGACCGCAGAACAGUACUCCAAACUCGAUCUAACCAGGGAACAGUAUAAUGCUUUUGAGUAGUAGACAUCUGUGAAAAUUUCGGCGAUCCUGAAAAUGAAUCCUACGGUCCUGGAGUGUGUGUUGAUGUGUUGACGAUCUACGAUAUAUGAUGUCUGGAAUGUUAGCUUUGAUUCGAAGACUACACCUAGGUCUUUGAUAUGAUCGACUCGCUCGAUGGUGCUCGAUAGCAGCGUAUAGUUAAAAACAACACUUUGAGGAAUUUUUAGAUCCAUUCUGUUUGAAGUACACAAAUUAGCGAAGACAUCCAGCUAGCGUUGGAGUACGAGGCAGGCUUCAGUUGAGCGGAUGCGGGAGUAUAUUUUUAGAUUAUCGGCACAUAAUAAUUGUGGUCCUUCAAGGACGAGGUUCACGUCAUUCAAAUAGAACAGGAACAUAAGCCGUCUUAGAUGACUGCCCUGCGGUAUACCUGCGGUAUACCUGAGGUGAUACAGAAUGUGCUGGAUCUACAAUCACCGAUGACCACCAUCAGCUGACGAACAGUUAGAUAAGAACGGAACCAUCCCAGAAGAGUGUGGCUUAGCCCAAACCUUUCGAGUUUAGCGAUUGCGAUUACGUGACUGAGCUUAUCAAAGGCGGCUGACAGGUCAGUAUAUAUGACGUCGGUUUGUGACAUUGCAGAUAUGUUGACGACGAUGUGUGAUAGUAAGGCACAGUAAAUUGGUAGGUAAUAGUGGGUCGACCAGGGAGGAAUCGCAGCUAAUCCUCGCUCAAAUAUUGCUUGCAAUGUGAAAAAAGCAGCUCCAAGACGAUAAGCUUGAAAAAUUUCCAGACAGCCCUAACGAUGUAAUCUCUCGGUAAUUGUCAACAUCUCGCUGGUUGCGCUGGCAACAUGAACAGAUUUUCAGCAAGACGGAAAAAUACCACUGAAGGUGGACUUCUGGAAUACAGAAUAGCUGUAGUGGUCUAGCAAACAAGAAAUGCGCACUUCAGGAAAGCAUAAUACAUACGAGCAGGGUACAGCUUUUAUCGUGAUGGGUUACAUGCAAAAGCGCAAGAUUGGGUGGUGGCCAAUCGACAGUCGUAUGUGCAAGUUGAGGAUUCAGUAUCAGCAUUUGUGGCUUAAACGGCACGUUGAGGAUUAGAGGCCAUUUCUUUAACAUUAACAUUAUCAACGGGCAUAGCCCACACCUAGGAAGGGGUGAGGACGAUGAGGACGCUUUUUACACGCAACUUGAACGUGAAUACGUCAUACUAAGAACCUACUUCCGGCACAGCCUCCCUCCCAUAUCGGUACACCUGGAGGUCACCACAACAGACGAACUCGCAAAUCGACCACGUUUUGAUUGCUGGAAAGUACUUCUCGGGUAUCAUCGACGUUAGAAUCUAUCGUGAUGCAAACAUCGAUUCUGACCACUAACCUUUUAAUGGUUCAGAUGCGUCAAAGACUUUCCGUUGUUUCCAACACUCGGUGCCGUAGCCCGCAACGGUACAAUCUGGAACGACUCAAGUUAUCUGAAGUCGCUACUGAGUACGCGCAAAGUCUUGAGGCUGCGGUGCAGGAUGAGGGAGAGCUAAAUAAAGCCCCUCUCGAGGACUGCUGGCUGGGAUAGCGUUAAAGCAACCAUCAACAGCGCAGUGGAAGGUGCCAUUGGGUUCGCUGAAAGGAGUCGACGUUACGACUGAUUCAAUGAGGAAUGCCACAGGAUGUAAGAUGAGAAGAAUGCAGCGCGAGCAUCGAUGCUGCAGCAAGGGACCUGUCAAAAUGUGGAACGAUAUAGACAAAAACGAAGACAGCAAUUCCAGUUUUUCCGAGAUAAGAAGCGUCGCCUGCAAAAGUGCAAAAUGCAAGGACAUGAAACAGCUGUAAAGAUCUCAGGAAAUGCGUUAAUUUUAUAAGACACUAAACGUAUCCCGCAAAGGCUUUGUGCCGCGGGCCGAAACAUGUCGGGAUAAAGACAGAGGGAUUUUGUCGGAUGAACGCGAGGUGUUCGAAAGGUGGAAGUAGCACUAUGCCCAUUGCAGCACCUGAACCAAGACGGAACACUAAGACAGCAGGGGUAAGGACAGCAAGACUGACAAAGAUGGCAUCGUAGCGGAGUUUAUCAAGAUAGGCUCGGAUAUGUUGGCUACCUGUAUUCCGACGGAUCGGUUUAUCGAACGAAAGUGGAUGCUAUUUUCUAUUAGAAUCUAGUAGAAGUUUACUCUGGUAUCCUACAAGGCAGUCAUUUUGGACCUUUGACCAUCUUUAUGUCCUAUAAUAAUGGGCAAAUUACGUGCUCCAAUCUCGAGUAUUCGCUAGCUACAGGGUGGAUUUCUUACUACCAAACUAAAACUAUCCUAAGCGGGUCCUAAGUUAAGUGCAGAUUAGUUGGUCUUAAUCUUCAAGAAACCACGUUGCGGACUUUCGAUCUAGACCCCUUACGUCGUGACAGCGAAAUGCUCGUUUCUAAUAUGCUAACCUCAUGAAUGGGCUAUCGGGUUACUCUCGAAAACUUGGGAAUGCUUAAAAUAUUUGCGCAAUAAUUCUGCAUGACAUAAAUUAAUACUAAAAUCAUUAGUUAGGGUAGAUCGAAAAUAUACCAGAAACCUAGAUUGGUGUCCAGAUCUAAAAAUGAUAAUUUUGCCCAAGAGAAUUUGCAGAAAUCACAAGCAGCGUGAGUUUUAUCGCUGUUUCUAUGUCCAAUUUUGGUCACGAAAGCCAUUAUAAGUGUAAAAAGCAAAGCCAUGGGUAUAAACGUCCUUCAGAACUUGGCCCUUCUUUAUCGACAGACUCCACAGUCAGUUAUUAGAGUACAGGAAAAUUACGAGACUAGUACAAAGAUCCUGUUAACUCUGUAGCGGCACCGCCCAGUCGAGAUUCGAACAUACGACGACUGGCUUGUUAGGCCAGUAUCGUACCGCGGAGCUAACUGGGCGGGCUAUUACUGUUGACCAGAGUCACAGUCACUGUUGUUGCGUAGAACUGCUGCACACCUAUAACCCAGACAUGUCGUAUAUGUUUUGUUACCUGCAGGUCCGGUUUAUGAUCCUAAAUAAUAAGCAAACAAAUCAAAUAAGACAGAUAUAAACAAUAAAACACCAAUCAUACAUAUGUCGAAGUGUACCGCAACUAUGCAAUUCAAACUAAAUAAUUUACCACUUAUCGGCUCUCCGUACGAAUGUUUAUUUGUUGUAUUCUCGGUUCAGUUCCUGAACUAGAUCGCUACAAUGCAAAAUUGGAUUAUAGAAAUUCCUGUACCAAAGCGCUGAGUUUGUAUCAGAAACAAUGACGUCUAAAAUCAUACAACACAUUUCAUCCAAUAAACCUAAGAUCAUACACGCUAACUGGA